UCCAGGACCCAUUUGUAUUCUACAUGUGUUGAUUCAUUCUGAUCUCCACAAACUGUGUUAUGUACCAGCAUCAUCUUGAUAACCUCAAGCUGCAUAGUCAGAACCCAGCCUAUCUGUGGAGAAAGAAGCAGGACAGUCCACUGUGUUUCCUGGAAAUUUAAAAAUCGGCAGCUAGGAAGACUGAGAAAAUCGAGUUAAAUCUCUCAGGCUGGUCUGUGGAGGUGCAACCAGUUGGAAUUCCUUCUGGAAGUGAAAGGUGAGGCUCAAGGUUCCCAAGUUGCUGGAUGGAAGACCGAAAAGCGGUAUAGCCUGCUUAAUAAAAACCAAAGUAGUGCAUGUUGGGCAGAAAGAAACCUGCUUCUCAGAUUAACUAAAAUAGUUAUUAACAACUGGUUAGUUUCUAAAUUUUAAUAACUUCAUUUUCUUCUCUCUCGUGAUAUAAGUAAAAUACCUGCUGUGAAAGAAGCAAACAAAUGCAAAUGUUGUGAACCCAACUGUUACUAGUCUCACUAAAAUUUUGAUCUUUGAAAGAACACGCCUCCACUGGACAAGUCGUUUUGUUCUUCUGGGGAGGAAUUAAUACAUGGGAUGAAAGGAGGGUCAAUGGACAGCUACCACUACCUAAAUCCCUUAGCUUUAAGUGGGAGUAAUUGGCAUAGCUGCCCGCAAGCCCACCUGUGCUUUAAAACGAGUAAAAGGAGGGGAUUACAGGGAUGACGGGAGCCUAGGAGAGAAAGGGGCGAAAAGCAAAAACGAAAUGAUUCUAAGGAAGGAUAGGGGCGGCUGCUCCACUGCCCCGGCACAGGUAUCAAACGACUGGAAAUGCAUAAUCUGAAAAGUGCUUUUCUACGUGGAAAUCAGCGGUGGAGCCGAUUCUUCUACGUUCCUCGGAGUAACGGUCAGCCUAGGAUUCCACGAGCACUUCACUUGGGUUUCUCUUCUAACCCUCUGCCCUUCUGGAAAAGUGUUACUUUCUACCGACUUCAUAUGUCAGAGAAACAAACCUCCUUCGACUUGAGGAGCUUCUAAAACGCUUUACUUCCCUGAAAAGUGAAAACAGGUGAGACCGAAACAAGCACUUUUGUCCGGAGUCUGAAAUACAGAAAAAGCAGCAGCUGGGCUUCCCUGGUGGCGCAGUGGUUGAGAGUCCGCCUGCCGAUGCAGGGGACCCGGGUUCGUGCCCCGGUCCGGGAAGAUCCCACAUGCUGCGGAGCGGCUGUGCCCGUGAGCCAUGGCCGCUGAGCCUGCGCGUCCGUAGCCUGUGCUCCGCAACGGGAGAGGCCACAGCAGAGAGAGGCCCGCGUACCGCAAAAAAAACACAAAAAAACAAACUAAAAAAAACAAACCAGCUUCACCACCUGUACUCAAUUCGGCUUUCUCUGCCACACCUGGGGCGGAAGGGGCGGGGACUCCGCUUGCGUCAUAAGCCAGCGCCGGAAGUUGGCUGCCAUACAGCGGCGAGGCGGAAUCUGUUCGGAGAAGCAGGGAAGUUUCUCCGUGUUGCGUGGGGACAACAAUGGACACCCAGAAGGACGUUCAACCCCCAAAGCAGCAGCCAAUGAUAUAUAUCUGUGGAGAAUGUCACACAGAAAAUGAAAUAAAAUCAAGGGAUCCAAUCCGUUGCAGAGAAUGUGGAUACAGAAUAAUGUACAAGAAAAGGACUAAAAGAUUGGUGGUUUUUGAUGCUCGAUGAAAGAUGAAAUACAGAGGAAUGUCUUCAUUUGGAUUUGGAUUUGCUAUUAAUGUUGUCAUAUAGCUUUUGAUUAGUGUACUUUAUGAAUACAACUAUAUACACAUGAUUUCAUUUUAAAAACCAUAUUGUAUUUAGGUAUCUAUUAAUAGCUUAUAUAAAGAUAUUUUUGUUCAGUUA